UUGUGGUGUGUGAGGAGAACAUGUGAGGCUCUGCAGUAAAAACGUCUUCACUUCAGUCUCUGGGAGAGUUGAUCAGCUAAAGCGACUAACUGCUGCUUCUGCAGAAAUCUUCUCACCAGGCUGUGGAAACUUUCUUCUCCUCCUCAACAACUUGGUGGAGUUCUUUCCAAAAGCAGAGAAGAUAUUCUGCGGUCUUCGUGACAAUCGGAGCUCCAAAAGCAGGUGAUGGAUUGAAGAGGUUCCCUCUAUCAGACUCGCUCAUCUGAGUUGGUCAUGAUGCAGGAUCGCUGCUCGCUCUCUCAUCCAUCCUGCUCACACUCUCCGACGGAAAAGCCCCGAAUCUGAAUGAGACUCUGGAGGAAAAAACGGUUAGCUCUACUCUGUGAACUCUGCUGUUAGCUAAACACGGCUAAAGAAAACCUGCUACCACUUCAGGAUCAUCCAUCAGCAUGGACACAGUUUCUAUAAAGAGUGAGGAUGAAGAGAAACCUCUGAUGUCACACCUUCAUCAGCAGCAACUAGACAACAGAGGUGUUCCAACCAGCAGCUCAGCUGACCAGAUGACAGCAGGAAGUAGCAGGAACCCAGAUCUGAACCAUCAUGAACAGCCAUCUGGUUCAUCUGAGACUGCAGUUUCUAUAAAGAGUGAGGAUGAAGAGAAACCUCUGAUGUCACACCUUCAUCAGCAGCAACUAGACAACAGAGGUGUUCCAACCAGCAGCUCAGCUGACCAGAUGACAGCAGGAAGUAGCAGGAACCCAGAUCUGAACCAUCAUGAACAGCCAUCUGGUUCAUCUGAGACUGCAGUUUCUAUAAAGAGUGAGGAAGAUGAAGACAAACCACUGUUCUCACAACUUCAUCAGCAGCAAUUAGAAGACAGAGAUGUUCCAACUAGCAGCUCAACUGAGCAGAUGGCGGCAAAAACCGAUGGAGGAGCAGAAACUGGCAUGAACCCAGAUCUGAACCUUCAUGAACAGAUAUCCGAUUCAUCAGAGACUGAAGUCAGUGGAGAUGAUGAAGAGGAUGAUGGUGUGAACCUAGACUCUUUCCUGUUAGACGCUGGGCCUGAAACUGGAGACGAAGAUAUUGGCUGGAAUAAGAGCAGGUCUUCUGAGUCAGAUGUUAAGGAUGUCAACAGACCCUUUAGCUGCCCUGAAUGUGGUAAACUAUUUCUCCACAAGUGGUCUCUCCAGAAACACGUGAGACUGACAAAUCAUUCAGCAAGAAGGUCUUUAGGAUGUUUGGUUAAGAAAAAGUGUGUUACAGUGAAGCAACAUGUAGACUCAUGCAGAAAAGUCCAGAUAGAAAUAAUGAGAGUCCACACAGGACAGAAGCCUUUUGCCUGUGAGCUCUGUGGUAAAAAAUAUAACCGUAAGACACAUUUAAGCAGUCACAUGAGAGUCCACACAGGACAAAAGCCUUUUGCCUGUGAGCUCUGUGGUAAAAAAUUUACCCAUGAGGCAAAUUCAAACAGUCACAAAGCAGUCCACACAGGACUAAAGCCUUUUACCUGUGAGCUCUGUGGUUUAAAAUUUACCUGGAAGGCAACUUUAAGCAAGCACAUGAAAAUUCACACAGGACUAAAACCUUUUACUUGUGAGCUCUGUGAUUUAAGAUUUACCCAGAAGACAACUUUAAACAAUCACAUGAAAGUUCACACAGGACUAAAGCCUUUUACCUGUGAGCUCUGUGGUUUAAGAUUGACCCGGAAGACAACUUUAAACGAUCACAUGAAAGUCCACACAGGACUAAAGCCUUUUGCCUGUGAGCUCUGUGGAAAAAAAUUUGCCAGAAAGGACAAUUUAAACAGUCACAUGAGAGUCCACACAGGACAGAAGCCUUUUGCCUGCGAGCUUUGUGAAAAAAGAUUUAGCAGUAAGACACAUUUAAACAUUCACAUGAGAGUCCAUACAGGACAAAUGCCUUUUACCUGUGAAAUCUGUGGUCAAAAUUAUCGACAUAUGGAAACUUUAAAAAGUCACUUGAGAGUCCACACAGGACAGAAGCCUUUUGCCUGUGAGCUCUGUGGAAAAAAGUUUGCCAAAAAGGUCUAUUUAAACAGUCACAUGACUGUCCACACAGGAGAAAAGCCUUUUGCCUGUGUGCCCUGUGGAAAAAGAUUUACCCAGAAGACAACUUUAAACAAUCACAUGAGAGUCCACACAGGACAGAAGCCUUUUACCUGUGAGCUCUGUGGUUUAAGAUUGACCCAGAAGACAGCUUUAAACAAUCACAUGAAAGUCCACACAGGACAGAAGCCUUUUGCCUGUGAAAUCUUUGGUUGAAAUUUUCGACAUAAGGGAGCUUUAAACAGUCACAUGACUGUCCACACAGGAGAAAAGCAUUUUGCCUGUGUGCCCUGUGGAAAAAGAUUUACCCGUAAGACAACUUUAAACAAUCACAUGAGA